AUGUCGUCCAAGCGGAAGCGCGAGCUUGCGCAUGAAGUCGCUCUGUUGAGAGUGCUCAAUCACAAGAACAUUGUUCGCUUUCUGCAGUGCGUAGCACAGGCCGAUGGCGAGAUCAUGGUCUUUGUCAUGGAGUACUGCGGAGGCGGCUCGUUGGCACAAGUGGUCAAGCGCUUUGGCGUCCUCCCAGAGCCGCUCCUCGCCAUUUAUCUCGACCAGGUCCUCUCUGGCUUGGCUUACCUCCACUCGGAGGGCGUCAUCCACCGCGACAUCAAGGGCGGAAACAUUCUGCUGACUAAGGACGGCCAGGUGAAGCUCGCUGACUUUGGCAUCGCCACCCGACUCUCAGACCCGUCGGGUACGCGGUCGGUAGUCGGGACGCCGUACUGGAUGGCGCCCGAGGUCAUCGAGAUGAAGUCGCCGACAACUGCCGCCGAUAUCUGGUCGCUCGGGUGCACAGUGCUGGAGCUGGUCUCGGGCAAGCCGCCGUUCUACGAGUUUGGACCCAUUCCGGCCAUGUUCAAGAUGGUCGGCGAAGCACACCCGCCGUUCCCUGGCCCAUCGGCAGCGUCGCCGCUCCUGAUCAAGUUUCUCAAGGCAUGCUUUGUCAAGGAUCCGCCGCUGCGCGCCACCGCGCGCGAGCUCUGCUCGCAUCCAUGGCUCACCUCGUGCCGGGCGGCAGCAGCGAGCAAGGCCGACAUCUCGGAGAUGCACCAGACGCUCGCACACAUCUCGGCGCUGACCGAGGCUGAGCGGGCGUCAAUUGCAGCGGCCAAGGGCCCGCUGGCGCACGAAGCCUCGCCCUCGGUCUACAACUCGGUUGUCGACGGCGACGCCACACUCGACAUGCUCAACGAUAACGGUGGCGUCGAGUCGUAUCCGGUCCCGGCCAUCCUCGCAGACCCAGAGCUGCUGCAAAAGUCGAUGGCGCACUCGGUCCGGAUCACUCGGACUCGGCCGGGGCCAGACGACGGCGGAAGCACUGGCGAUGAUCCGCCGCCCGGUUCGUCGAUGACGCUCACCAUCUUUGAGUGCCUCAAGCGGCUGGCCGAGUCGCAUGCCAAAGUUGCUGCCCUCGAGUCGUAUGUGGCUGAGCUCGAGUCGGUCAUUGCCGCGCGCGAGCGCGACCUCGAGCUACAGCACCUGCACUACGAGGACGCGAUGAUGCUGGCUCGCGCCGAGGCGAGCGUGUCGCCACCGGCGGCGGCACCCGAGGCGGCUGAGACGCUUGGCGACGCCGACGAGCUGCGAUUCCUGCGAUCGCGAGUGGCGCGGCUGGAGGCCUCGCUGCGGCGGGCGGUAGACAAGGGCGUGGGCUACGAGUCGACAAUCUGCGAGCUGACCCGCGAGCGCGAUGCACUGCGCAAGGAGGUCGGUACGCUCUCGUACGAGCGGCAAAACAUGCUCUCCGAAGUCUCGUCACUCCAGUCGGCGUUCCGGGCCUCACCGCUCCUUCGCGACAGGGUCAUGCGGCGGCUCUCGGUCGAUGCAGCCGGGAGCUCUCCGCCGCCUGCCUCGGCCCUGCUCGGCUCUGGCAGCUCGUCCGACCUGCCACUGGCGGUGAGCAGCGGCGGAUUGUCGGGCGCCACGAUGCGGCGACAGACAAGCACCGGACCGGCCGUCGACGGCGGACGACGCGGUGGCUCACCGAGCCCACCGGCGUCGUCGUCGAGCGCUGGCAACUCGCCGCUCGCCGGGGACCACGAUCACGACGCCGAGCCGUACCACUGGCAAGUCGGCAUUGGCGAGCACUCGAUCCUGCCCAAGGACACACCAGCCGAGCCGCUGUGGAAGCGCAAGCUCGUGGAGCGGCUGCAAGUGGCGCGGGCACGGGCACGCGGCGGGCCAGACCGCUCGCCGCGCGGGCACGUGCUCGAUAGAUUCCCACCGGGCGUGCUCGCACCGUCGGCGCCUGCGCCGCCCGAGCCGCUGCCAGCGCAGGCACCCAAGACCCGCGACCAGAUCUCGUCCGACUUUCUCUCCAAGCUGCGGUUCUUCCGCGAAGGCGAGGCUGAAGCAAGAGAUGCGACAACAAGCUAG